AUGUCUCUCUCCCUAGCGACCGACGACCUGGGCGAGCGGGCGCAUCUUCUAGCGCCGGUUGAAGAUGACAUCCAUAAAGUCCACACCCCAGUGCCACUGCAGCCCGAUCAAAGACGCCUGAUCUUCUUCGUGGGGAUGACAAUUCUCGCCGCCGACUUUGGGCACUCUCUUACGUUGGCGCCGCAAAUCUCCAUCUAUGAAUCACUCAUUUGCCUGAAAGCCAGCGCAGGCAUCGACUGUAAAUCGACUGCUGCGCAAAGCGAACUGGCUUUGCUCCUAGGUUGGAAGGAAACACUGGACCAUCUACCGGGGAUCAUUCUUGCGCUCCCGUACGGACUGGCUGCGGAUCGGAUUGGUCGAAAGCCCAUUUUGGUCAUGUGCUUGGCUGGUAUUGUUUGCGAGGAAAUUGUUAUUCGAUUGGUGUGCUGGUUUCAUUUGGCUUUGCCGUUGAGAUUGAUCUGGGUAACUCCGGUCUUUCAGCUUGUGGGAGGCGGAGUUCAGACCGCCCUGGCUAUGGCGUAUGCCAUGAUUACCGAUGUGGCUCCCGCGGAGCAAAGAGCAGCGAUAUUCUAUAUCAUGGCGGCAGUCCUGCUCGUUGGGGAGAUUCUGGCCACGCCUAUCAGCGCCUGGCUCAUGGCGCUGAGUCCAUGGGUUCCUUCGUUGAUUGGCGUGGUUUUUCAAUUUGGGGGUUUGCUCAGUGCCAUUAUGGUCUUUGAGACUCGUCCCCUUGGCAAAGCUUCGGACGAUCCAGCCAUACUGGUACACGACGGGUUUGAAGCAAAGGCUUGUGACGACCAGCUCCGAGCUCCAUUCAAGUCGAUGAUUUCCCGUAUGAGGCAAAGCUUCACAAAAAAGCGCAAAGAGCUGUUAGAAACUCAUCUUAAAAGCAUGGAUUUGACCAUGUUACUGAUAUUCUCUGCAUUUCUUUUGGCCAGUAUCAGUCAGCAAGCCCUCUUACUCAUCAUACCGUAUGCAUCGAAGCGUUUCUUGUGGAGCAUCCCUCGAGCAAGCUUCCUGAUCACUCUGAAAGGCGUGAUCAAUGCCGUCGCCUUACUUUUGGUUCUUCCCCGAUUGUCCAUCUGGCUCAGCAGACACCUCUCAUGGUCUUCGGCCAUAAUAGACCUUCGGAUCGUUCAGAUAAGCGCGUGGAUGCUCACGGUGGGAAUAGCAACAAUGGCAUUCGCGGCCCAACCCGAGCUUUUCAUUUCUGGUCUUUGCCUCUUUGCCCUCGGAUGGGGCUUUUAUUCUGCACUGAGGAGCUUGGCCACCGGUUGGGUGUCUCCGUCGGAAGUGGUCGUUCUCAAUUCGAUGAUCGGAUUGACGCAAGGGCUGGGCUCGCUGAUUGCGGGCCCGGUCAUGGCUGCCAUGUUCAAUCACGGCUUGCAGCAGGGCGGUGUUGCCAUGGGGCUGCCAUUUGUCCUUGCAGCGGGUCUGUUGUUUGUUGCGAGCCUUCUGACCCUCGAGAUCCGUGUAGGAAAAAGAAGACACUGGGAAAUGACGUGA